AUGUGCACCUCCUAUUUCAACUAUCACCUGACUGUGCAUUAUACCCACCAAGGUUUACAUAUUGCUUCCCUGCGCAUUAAGCAUGGAUCUCAAGUCGAUCUUAGCCUGGACGUGCAAGUGAAACCCAUUCUAGUACACAUUUUUAGCAUCCAUUCCAAAUGGCUCAGUAUCAGUCAUAGCUCUGUCAGCCUGUCCUGGAGUCUCAUACCUGUAAGCCCCAGGAGAAAGGCCUGGGCCUUCAAGUUGCAGUUGUUCGAUUCAAGAGAAGAGUUCCUCAUACAGAACAAUACUUACACUUACAGGGACCGUGUCAAAAAUGCUACCCUGAAAUUAAUCCCAAGGGAUACUUUGGUGAGCGUGGAAGGCUCUGCUUCUGUGUUCGUCCAGAUUGGGUCCGGUAGUCUUGUGGCUGUCAUUGCUGGAGGCAAUUUCCGGACAGUUGGAUUUUAUGAUCAAUGGACCCUUGACGGAUCCUAUUCCUAUGAUAUAGCCUUUCCUUCUGAAAGGCUCACAUUUACUUGGUACUGCACCAAACAAAAAUCAGACUAUGUAUCCAUGACAUUAGGUUUGAAGGGCAAAUGUCAUCCAGGUCAGGUGGACUUGAAAUGGACAACAUCUUCUGAUGCAGUUCAAACAGUGCAUCCUGAAACACUUCAAGAAAAUGCUCUUUAUUAUUUUUGCCUCAUGGUUCAAAAUGGUGGCAGGAGAGCUCGAGCUGAACAAACAGUAUACGUGCAGCCAAGGUCUGCACCAAUUCUGAACAUUACGUGUAUUGAAAACUGUGGCAGGUCAGUCACGCCCACAGAAAGAUUUUGUCUUUCUGGCAAGUGCAUAAACUGUGGGAAAUUGAGCAGACCACGCUAUCAUUGGUCACUUUUCACAGCAAAUUCCACUGAAGUAAAUUUUGAUUGGGCUGCCAAGACUACAACCGGAAGGUCGAGUCCAUACAUAUGUAUAAAAUCUUUGAGUUUUGUAAAUAUGACAGAAGAAACAUACGUACUUACUCUAAAAGCAAGCACUUGGAGAUACCAGUCGUCAGUUUAUAGCUAUUUAUUUUUAGUAAAUUCUCCCCCUCAGAUUGGAAAGUGCUUGCUUAAGCCUACAACAGGAAUUGUAUUUCUAACAAAAUUCAUUGUUCACUGUAGUGGGUUUAAAGAUAAACAUCUGCCUCUUACAUAUAAAGUCAGAGCGGCAUCACCCACACUAACAAUUACUAGAACAUUUUCUAUAGAAAACAGUACCCUGGGGACAAUUGUGUAUUCUGGAUAUCAGUCUGAAAUGCCACCAUCUUUUUUACCCAUUGGCAUACCAUCUAAGCAGUAUGCCUUGACACUAUAUAUCGAGGUAUAUGAUGCACUUGGAGCAUUUUCUCAGCUCACCUUACAGGCAACAGUCCAUGGUCCAUUCAAAGAUAAGCAAGCAAAUGUUAUUCUAAAUGAAUUACAUGGUUUUACCAGUGGACCAAAAGCGCCAAUAACAUCUUUCCUUGAAAGUGGGGAUUAUUUUAAUGCAGGAUAUUUUGUCUACAUGGUGGCUUCUAGUUUAAAUAAUAUUGAAGCUUUGCAAGGAUUUCACUACUCUAAGACUGGACUACGGGAAAGCCUUCUUAACAGGUCUGUAGGAAUCCCCGUAACUGGUGUAAUGGAAAUAAAUCAAAUGAUUUUAGGAAUUUCUCAAAUAACACUGGAAGUUAUGGAAGUAAAUAGAAAGUCACAACUCCUUGCAGUCAGAAAACUCAAAGAACUGGGUGAAGAACUGAAAAAGUACAGAGAUAAAAACAUAGGAUCCAAGGAAAUAGAAGUUCUCAGCACUGGUAUUUUUGAAGGGCUGUCCAAUAUCUUGAAAGCCUCUUUGUUAAACCACAGAAAUGUCCAUGUAAGUGGGGUGAAAGAAACUCUCUUUGUCGCUGAGAUUUUAGCAGAACUAAUCUUACAAGGUAAAGUCCCAGGAGAAAAUGAAACGGUUAUGGAGACCAGUGACUGGAUUGUUACAUUAAGGAAAGAUGAAAAGGGGGUUGUUUUGGAUACUUUCUCUAAGAUAAGAGUCUGUAAGAACUGCUUUUAUUUCAAAAUAAAUCCAGAGGCAUACGAUGAAUUGCCAGCAGAUUCGGAGAUCUCCAGUGUCCUUUUUGAGUUUCAAACAAAUCCUUUCCUCUGGUUGCCCUGUUCAGAAGACAUUGGCACAACAGUGACUGGAUUCAAGAUGACAGGAACUAGAUUUAAUGGCGACAUAGUAGGGAUCACACCUGAAGUAGCUGAAAUGAUCAUGAGUAGAAAAGAUGAGGGCUCUGCCAUCUUUGAGUUGAAUAUUGAACAUGACAGAAAACUCCAUAAAACUACUGGAUGUUUUAGUUUCAAAGUACAGAGGAACUCCAAAGAGGUUUUCAUCCAAAUAGUGACUGAACUGAAGCUUGCUUUCCAGGUAUUUGUUUACCUAGGCCUCAGUGCCAGUCAUCUACCUAUCGCGUCUUUUACCACUUUCCAUAACAAGAAUACGGUAUCAAGAGGAAAGAAUUCUAAGGCUCGCGGCUGUGCAGCUCAAGCCCCUUAUAUAUUUUGUCUUUCCCACUCGCUGCUCAGAUCCAUAUUCCAUGGUAACAGUGCAGAAGAAUUGAGAAUCUACAUUGUUUUGCAAUCAGACCCUUCCACGUGGGACCCAAACGUUCAGGUCAUUGGUAUUGGACUUUUCACUGCUGACUGCUUAUACCUAGAUGGACUCCAGGGACAAUGGAAACAAGGCGUCUGCAACCUUGGUCCUCAGACAAGCUGGCAGAAGUUGCAUUGCAUCUGCAUAGCCAAAGAACGUACUUCAAGGACACCUGGCUCCCAACCAAGGAGAUUUUCCAAAAAUGACAUAAAAUUCUUGGCUGGCAAAAUCAAUGCAGACCUUGAUCCAGUAGACAUGAAGAAAAGUGUCCAAAUCCAGAACAAUCCAGUAACAAUUGUGACUGUACUUUUCAUUUUUGUCAUGUACAUUUGCUUGGCUGUUUGGACAAUGAGAAAAGACAGAGCUGAUAUGGAAAGCAGAGACCAUGUCAUAGUCUUAUCAGACAACGAUCCCUAUGACCAAGUAUGUUACUUGGUCACCGUAUACACAGGGAGUCGCUUUGGAGCAGGAACAACAGCCAACGUGUUUAUUCAACUGAUAGGCCCCAAUGGUGCUAGUGACAUACAUUGCUUAAGACACCCUGAAUACCCAACUCUUGGUCGUGGAGCCAUCAACACUUUUCUCCUGACUAGUAAGAAUGACCUUGGAGAUAUUUAUUCCUUUCGGGCAUGGCACAACAAUGCAGGCUUGUCUCCUAAUUGGUUCUUGAGUAGAAUCAAAGUGCAAAAUGUGUUUACCGAACAUUCUUGGCUGUUCAUAUGCCAGAAAUGGUUUGCACUUGAUAAGGAUGAUGGUCUAAUAGAGAGGUCAUUUGUUGUUACUCAUCCAACGACACCUUUAAGCAAAAUGGAUUUCUUCUUGAUAAAUCUUGCCAGUGAGUUGGGAGAAACUCACUUAUGGCUUUCUGUUUUUGCUCCCAUCGGCACAGGUUCUUUGAACAGGCUCUAUAGACUGUCUUCCUGCUUAGCAAUAUUUCUGUAUGUCCUACUUUUGAACAUUCUGUCCUUCAGCACUGACAGGGAUCAACCAGUGGUUUCUGAACAGCCAUGGUAUUUGAGAUCCCUAAUGACUGGUUUUCAAAAUGCUUUAUUUUCCUUCCCCUUACAGAUGUUCAUAACUGCUUUGUUCAGGUACUCCCAGGAGAAGCCUUUGCCACAGGACUCAUCAACAACUCAGCCUAAAGAACAUUCUGCUUUCAUGUCUGGAAAUCUUAAGAACUGGAAGGAACGUCUACAGAAAUGGCACUGUGUAGAAACUGCUUCAAAGGGUCCAGGCUAUAGUUUCCAAAAGAGACCUCCCAGUGCUCUCGAUUCGUACAGCCUGGAACAGCUAAACAGAAGAAGCCAGGGGCAGGCAGCAAAAAAAUGGACCAACUGCACUAUUUCUGAAGGUGAUGCAAAUAUAAUUGCAACGGAAGAGGACGUGGUUCACAACAAUGCCAAUGCUAACAACAAUUUUAAUAACAGAAAUGUGGAGAAAGGUCCAUGUCCUCAGGUAAAACUGCUCAAGAGUCCCAUAAUGCUCUUUCAUAAAAGCCCACAAAGAUCAGUUUCCUGCUGGUAUGUGUAUGUUCUGUGGAUAUUGGUCUUGGUCACUUCUACAGUGUCAUCAUUUUUUAUCACAGUUUAUGGUCUGUCUUACGACUAUCCAACUUCUUUGGAGUGGCUUCUAGCAUCUUGCAUCUCCUUUUGUGAGAGCGUGUUUUUUCUUCAAACCUUGAAUGUCAUUCUUUUUUCAGCCUGCAGAACGCUCUGUCCAAAAUAUUGUGAAAGCAUCUCAUGGUCAAGCAAAGAGACCUACUUAGAGAUUAAACUGGACAAUAUAACUAUGGAUGCUGAUGCGAUGCGGGAGUUGCAUUAUGAACUGGUCAGACUUCGAGGCACUAAGGAGUACCAUCCUUUGGAAGAGGAUGAAGUCAUACUUUUAAAGAAAAAGCAGAAGGUUCAACGCCAAGCUUUUGUUUUCCUAAGGGAUGUCAUUUGUCACUUUGCCUUUUUAAUUCUUAUUUUAAAUAUUGCCUACUCCAUGCAAAAUACGACUUGUUUUUACAACAAUAGAGAUAUUCAUAACAAAUUCUCUCUGGAAUUCUCCGCUAUAACCAAGUUAGAGCACAUCUACCCAUGGCUGGGGAAUGUCUUCCUACCCUUGAUCCACAACAAGUACCAGCCAACGUAUCUUUCAAAGUCCUGGCUCAAAAUCCUGGGCUUGCCCAGAAUGCGGCAAAUAAGAGCAAAAAAUACGUCAAAAGAAUGUUUUUGCCCACACAGUUUUGUAAGUAGAUCUGUGAUUAAUCAAAGCCAUUGCCUUCACAAGUAUGGACAUGACCCAGAAGAUCAAAAAGAUUACCUCAGUUCAUGGACAAACCCUGCCAAUAAAUCAGUUUCCAAUACUUUCAGCAAUUUUUCAGGCUAUACUUACUAUUCGGACACUGAACAAUGGAAAUAUAAUUCAUAUGGAGAACUAAAUACUUACGGAGCAGGAGGGUAUACGUUUAAUUUUUAUCCGGAAGAACAACAGCCCAGUUCAAUGAAAAGAAUAGCUUUUUUAGAACAGAGAAGAUGGCUUGAUGAAAAUACCUGGGCAUUAAUAGUGGAGCUAACAACUUUUAACCCAGGUGUAGAUUUAUUUUGCAGUAUCUCAGUUAUUUUUGAGAGUUCUUUCUUAGGUCCUGUUAACAAAAGCCUGUCAAUCCAUUCAUACAAACUCCCAGUUUUCAAGCAGCUAAGCAAGACACAAACGUUUGUGUAUGUAGCUGUUGUUUUUAUUCUCAUAUUUUAUAUCACUGAUGAACUUCGCAUGUUGGAACAACAGAGACUAAAAUACAUUAUAAAUGUUUCUAAUUUAAUUAACUUUGGGAUAAAGAUUGUCUCUCUGUUUUUCCUUUUUCACUUUUCCUUCAAAUGUAAGCUGGCUUCUAGCUUAAUAGAGUUUUAUUUACUUCAUCAAAAUGAAUUCAUUCCGUUCCAUAAAGUUUCCCAUGUGGAUCAAACAAUAAAGAUUACUCUGAGUUUUUUGAUCUUUCUUAUCAUUUUGAAAACACUGAGAUAUUCCAGGUUCUUUUAUGAUGUGCGAUUGGCUCAACGCUCCAUCGUAGCAGCGCUCCCCGGCAUCUGCUCUAUGGCUCUGGUCGUGACAGUGUACUUCUUGGUCUACAUGGCCUUUGGCUACCUCAUCUUUGGCCAAUACGAAUGGAAUUACAAUACAAUGAUUCAUUCUGCUCAGACAGUGUUCUCUUACUGUGUUUCAGCUUUUAAAGACACGGCCUUUACAUCCAAUAGGGUGCUUGGAACUUUCUUUCUGUCUUCAUUUAUGAUGGCCAUGAUUUGUGUGCUGAUCAAUUUAUUUCAUGCAGUUAUUAUGUCUGCCUAUGAUGACAUGAAACAGCCUGUCUAUGAAGAGCCUUCCGAUGAAGCAGAAGUGGUCAAUAUUCUGUUUCAUAAGAUCCGCAGGAUAUGGUUGUUUGUAACCUGUAGGACACCAUCUGCAAAUGAUACAGAAUUUUUUAUUCCAGUUCUAUAUGGGCAUUUUGAGAGGAGAAACUUGCGUCAUCUAGGACUCAAAGCCAGGAAAAGAAAUGGCCAGAAAAUGGUUUACCUUGUCAUUUGA